AUGUGGUGGAAUGGUCCAUCGUUUUUACUCCGACCAAAGGCUGAAUGGCCUAAACCUCGACCCGUACAAGAAGAGAACGAACAGGUUCUACAAGAAGCAAAAAGGAAUGCACCAGAAAUCACUCACUCGAUGGCCAAUACUUCGUCUGACUACCCUGUUGCAAACGUGGAGAUGAUAAUCGACAGCACUCGUUACAGCACAUUAACAAAAUUACUUCGUGUUACGGCACUGGUGAUGAAAUUUACUUCCAAGGUCAAGAAUCGUGUAAAAUCGAAAGAGAAUUGUGAUUCGGUUCAGAGAGAAUUGACUGCCUCGGAAAUUAACGACGCGGAAAUUGCGUGGAUCAAAUCAGUACAAGCUAAACCGUUCGAAAACGAGAUUCGAUAUCUUGCGCGUAAGAAAACGAAGGAAGAAUGUCUGUCAUCGCCGAAAUAUGUCACGCAAUUUGGGUUAUAUGUAGAUCAACAGGGAAUCGUUCGUUGUGGCGGAAGAAUUGGCAAUAGUACCUUGUCAUCGAACUGUAUACAUCCGAUUUUACUUACUUCCAGACACCAUUUUGUUGAACUGCUCAUCGAACACACUCACAAGCAUACUGUACUGCACAACGGUAUACGAGAUACCCUCACUGCAUUAAGGGAACGUUUCUGGGUGAUUCGUGGACGUGUAGCGGUUAAGAAAGUUAUUCGAAAGUGCGUUACUUGUCUCAAACACGAAGGAAGUUCUUACGGACCACAACAACCAACUGAUUUACCAAACACAAGAGUCUCAGAUGACCCACCUUUCACGCACGUAGGACUCGAUUUCGCUGGUCCAAUUUAUUUCGAUUCGAAAGGGACUGAAACAGUUACCAACCAUUCGUCAAAGAAAUCAUAUGUUUGUCUGUUUACAUGUUCAUCAACAAGAGCUCUACAUCUUGAACUUUGUCGAACUUUAAACGUCCCGGAUUUCCUGUUAGCUUUUAGAAGAUUCUCUAGUCGACGGGGACUUCCUGCCACUCUAACCUCAGAUAACGCAAAGACUUUCAAGUCGGCAUCCAAGGAAUUGCUCAAAAUCGUUAGAUCCGAAGACGUGAAACGUUACCUUCACAAUAAUCGUAUCUCUUGGAAUUUUAUUGUUGAGAGAGCCCCUUGGUGGGGCGGGUUUUGGGAGAGGUUGGUUCGAAGUGUCAAGCGGCCUCUCAAGAAGAUAUUAGGACGUUCGACAUUAAGUUUUGAAGAACUCCGCACGAUUUUAAUCGAAAUAGAGACGGUGAUCAAUUCAAGACCUAUUACCUACGUUUACGAUGAUGUCGAUUCAAUAUCGUAUCCUUUAACGCCUUCAAAUCUGAUAUAUGGUAGACGUAUUAGUUCAACGCCGAACAGCGCCCAACACGAAAUCAUCAGUACUUAUAGAUCUCUGACGAGAAGAGCUCGCCAUCAGCGAAAUGUAUUAAUACAACUGACAGAACAGUGGAAGAGAGAGUACCUGACGAGUCUAAGGGAACAAUCAACACUGAAACAGAAAAACAAUACUCGUGAAAUAUCAAUAGGAGAUAUUGUGUUAUUGAAGAAAGAAUCGACUGCCAGAUGUAUGUGGAAACUGGCUAAAGUAGUGGAACUGCUUCCGGGUUCAGAUGGAAAGGUUCGCGCAGCAAUAGUUAAAGUUGCGAACAGUGAUAAACGACCAAUUUACCUCCGAAGAGUUGUGCAACAUCUUAUCCCAAUCGAGGUGAAGGCUAAUAACGACCAAGAAACACAAAAACAUCCGCCUGUUGUUAAUCCUUCAUCGCCCGUUGUCACUGACAAUGAAUUAAGACCCAAACGUAAUGCUGCAAUUAUUGGAGAGAUUGCUCGAAGAGAAAGGGACACGUAA